AUGUUCUCCAAGAAUCGCUUCAAUGGACAACAUGGAUCAGGCAUGUCCCCUAAAGGAGGCACCAAGGCUAAAGUCCAUGCACCCAAAAAAAGGUCCCCUAACCCCAGAGUGGCACUAGUCAUCCGGGGAAAGAUCCAUCGGUUCCUCCAAGGUUCUGGAGACCAAAGCGCCCCUGAUCCCCAUCUGUACUAUGCAGGGAUUGAGGAGGAGGAGGGGGAGGGCAAGGAGGAGGAAAAGGAAAGUCGGGAUGUUUAUUCCCAAGGUGGCGCUAGAGCAGAGGCUUGCUCCUCAAGAGUACCCAACGGGAAGGGUCACGGAGGAGCUAGCGGGGCAGCUUGUUGCGUUGGGGAGGUGGAACUGAACAGAGAGGGGUGCGUUCGGAUUCCAUGCACCUUGCGGCACAGUAGUAGUAGUAGCAGGUCCCCAGGGAGUCAAAGGCAAACCGGUCGAGAUAUGACCCGGACAACUCCCAACCCGAAACGAGUGCUCCCACAUGUCAGCCAACUUGGUCCGGACAGGAACGGCGCUCCGUUUGCUUCGACAGUUGGAAAAUGUACCGAUUUCUCUCAGAUCCGGGUUAGACCAAAGAGACCUCAUUCCAUGGGCGACUGUAUGGAUUACAAUUUCAACAGAGGCCUGCACGAGACACUGAUCGAAGUCGACGAAGAAGACCUCGAGGGCGACGAGGAAGAAGAGACGAGUGCCGUCAUCGAGCACAUCCUGAAGGAGCUGAGGGGGAUCAAUAAAAUCCAGGAGGAGAUUUCCGACCUGAGGGACUACCUGUCGUCUGUGCGGGGUUCAGUGGAGGAAGUGUCGUCAUGUGUGGACGCCGUUCUGAUGGAAAUCGAGGGCAUCCGCUCUGGCGGCAAACCCGGCGGGGGCGUGCACGCGGGGACUUGGUCCGGGGCGACCGGGAGCACAGAGAGAUCUCAGUACUCUCCUCGUCAAAGACCUGCAAGUGCCUACGGCAGUUUGGACAGGCCGACGGCGCCCUCAGACGCAAACAUUGGCCUUCCGCCAAUGUACAACGAACGGCACAGCAUCCACGGAGAGUUCCUCUUGCCUAUAGCUGAAUCGUCCCCCAACUCUCCCAGUGCAGAGUUGGUAGAACUCGACGCUCAGGAACAGGAGGAAGAAGAAGACAUUUCAGAACACAGCUCAGACAUACCGGUUGGAAUGUUGCCCAGGAAGCUCAGCUUUGGCUACCUGGAGCGUCUCGACGGACAGGACUGCCACAGCACAAGCUCCCUCUCCUCAGGCCACAGCUCCAAGUCUGAGUCUGACCCUGAAAGGACCUCGUCCAGCCAUGGCACCAGGCACAGUAGGGGGGGUGGCUGUGCACAGGGCUGGGAAGGUGCUCCCCAGCGUGGGGCAGAUGGAGGGUCUGGGUGGCACCGAGAGGAUGCCUACUCCAGACAAGGCAGUCUCGAAGAACAGGAGGGAGAAGGUACGCCAAGCCGCGAGGGGACCGAAACCUGGGAUCGCUACAGAGGUGGUGGUGGGUAUGGUGCUUCGGGCCAGUCUUCUACCGGAAGCUCCGAGCACGUCUCUGUCCACUCAGGACGACACUACAACUCCCCUGCCAGCACUUCCAGUCGAGAGGAGUGGCAGUCAAGGAGGCGGAGGCCCAAAACACACCCUGGGACUCAAGUUCAGAUGGAGUCCCACCUAGAGGGUCUGGGGUACAGCUGUGCUCCUGAUUGCCCUGACCCCCAAAGACCAGGCCAGCCCUCGGAGGAGGGCCACGUUGAUGGAGGUCAAGGGUAUGAAUAUGCUCCACCUGCUGAUCUGACCUACGCACCUGACCACCAAGUAGAUGUUUACCAGGAGGCGUAUGCCGCAUAUGAGGAUUCAGAGGGAAUGUGGACUGAGCCAUCCUCAUACAUCUCCGAACCCAUAACAGAUGCCCCCGUCAUCGAAGCGGAAGACGUUCCAGGCCCAGACAACCAUUACCCUUGCCCUGACAAUGCAGAGGCUCCAAAUGUAGGCUUUCACGUGAAACGGAUAGGUCGGGCCGUGCUCGAUUUCAGCUCCGCCCUGCGGGGGGCCCUGCGCAAGCUGGACGCGGCUUCCCCUGGGGACGAGAGCGAGGCUAUCCUGCACGUGGUCGAGCCAGCGACCCUCCCCGGUGCUGAGCCCCAGCGGGACCAAGCCUGUGAAGAGACGCCUCAGGGGAAUGUUGUGCAUGUCGUCGGCGGACUCGACACAGCGAAGGAAUCGAACCAAAGCAAAGCUCCAUCCCCCUCUUCCUCGGAACAGUGCCGUGUCCAGCCCCCGCCGGAGGAAAUCAUUGACGACGACCUCCCAAAGGAGGCUGUGGUCACUUAUGAACCCCAACCCUCUCCAGAGGAACCCCUUCCCUGUCUAGACCCAGCUCCAAGCACUACAGCCCUGUCUCCCCCAAGUGACAAAGGCCCCGCCGACACCCCUAUGGACCCCCCUGUCACCACUCCUCUAUCGCAAUGCACCACUGCAGAGUCUCUCGUGUUUUCCUGUUCGGCGGAAGAUCCUGCCCCACAGGAGGAGCGUGGAGAAACGUCGGCACUGCCGCCGCAUCAAGAAGAGAAGCAGCAGCCCGGCGUAGAGUUGCCGACGGGCCCCGGGGGCGAGCCUGAGGAACCGGAGAACCCUUCUGAGAUGAGCGAGAGGGACGCUCGCCGACUCAGGUGCCUGAGGAGCUUCCAGCAAAUUCUGCGGGAGAAGAGAGAGACGAGGCGUCACCUUGCCAGUAUAACCAUGUCCACCUUCUCAGAGGACGACUACAACCCAGAUGGAUGUCGAGACGAAGAACAGAGUCAAGAUGGUGAUGGCAGUCCAAACAAACACCCGUGGGCAAAACCAGGUGGGAACGCUCCUUUUGGGAUCGACAGCAUGCCUGACUUACGCAAGAGGAGACCUAUUCCCCUGGUCAGCGAGCUGGAAAUGGAGUUCACCGCGAGGGAGACUAACCCAAACGAAGAACAGGGCGACAAGAUGGAGGGAUUAAAAAUGGAGAACGGGAGGAAAAAGGCGACACACAACUGA